GUGAGUGAGAGAAGAAAAGUUAACAUCAAAGAAACAAAACAACAAACAGUUUGUGUGCGUGUUCGUGUUUUUGUGUUCUCGCUUUUCACUGCACUGGUCACCGCCGUUCGGCGGAAACGGACAAUGGCCGGCAAAGGCGGAAGCGCUCCGGCGACGUACUCGCCGUCUCCGACCGUUCAGAAAAAGAAAACUUCCAUUUUCCAAGAAGACUGGGUCCGACCUGAUGGCCGUGGCUUCCACCAGUGCAGGCCUGCUUUUUUCAGGACUGGUGCUGUGAAUGCUGCAUCAGGAUCAGCCUAUGCGGAGUUUGGAAACACCAAGAUCAUUGUAUCUGUAUUCGGGCCUAGGGAGAGCAAGAAGGCAAUGAUGUACAGUGAUAUAGGGCGUUUAAAUUGCAAUGUUAGCUAUACAACAUUUGCAAGUCCAGUUCGUGGACAGGGUUCAGACCACAAAGAAUACACUGCAAUGCUUCAUAAAGCUUUGGAGGGUGCAAUAAUAUUGGAAUCUUUCCCCAAGACAACUGUGGAUGUUUUUGCAUUGGUGCUGGAAUCUGGCGGCAGUGAUCUCCCAGUUGUCAUAUCAUGUGCUAGCCUUGCCCUGGCUGAUGCUGGAAUAAUGAUGUAUGACCUUGUUGCAUCAAUUUCUGUGUCCUGUCUCAGUAAGAAUCUUGUCAUUGAUCCUAUUUUUGAGGAGGAAAACUCCCAAGAUGGAAGCUUGAUGAUUACGUGCAUGCCUUCUCGCUAUGAAAUUACUCAACUUACAUUUACUGGGGAAUGGUCCACCCCAAAGAUUGACGAGGGAAUGCAGCUUUGCCUUGACGCUUGUGCAAAGCUUGCAAAGAUUAUGAGGUCAUGUUUGAAAGAAGCUGCUUCUGAUUCUCAGGAAUAGAAUGUGAGUUCCAAUUUUAGCACAAAAGUCACAAGAUGUGCUGUUAAAUUGUUUUGUUUUUUCUUUCUUUCUUUUUUUAUCCGCUUUUUUUUCCCCCUUUUUUAUGCGAUUCCCUUCCAAUCUUAAAGUUGUAUGAGAAUUAUUAUUAUUUUUUGGUUGAAGGGGGAAAGUAGGAUUAGAUGCCUUGCAUGUCCUGCAGUUUUGUGCUUAUGAGCUUGUCAAAUAUAAAAGAUUAUUCCUAUAAUUUUUGGAGAAAUAUCUCUUGAACAUAGCUAUCAUUAUAUUCAAGGAUGACAUAUCAU